GCAAGCAAUUAUCCGCGUACUAGUAUGAUCAUGAUUAAGGCCCAUGUCCGAACAGAUGUCAGGUUCAUCAGAUGAUGAGAACGUUGUGCUGUGCAGCCACCCGUGCCACCUGUGUACUGCUUCCCUUCACUUCCACCAUUAAACUGACUGGACCUGUCAAUUUCAGCAGGAACGUUCUGGGUUUUAAUGUACACCGUGCUUUGCUAAUUUUUAUCGCAUACGACGAACGUGCAACUGGUUCAAACGCGCGCAAAAACCACUUUCAACAAAUUGGCAAACCCGAUCAUCGCCAAAGUUAGCUGAUGCUGACGCAGCCACCACCAAUGCAAUGCUCACUUCUGAUUAUGUGGCUUUCCGAGGCUUAUUGAAUUAAUGUAGAGCGGAAAAAAGGAUUGGGUUCGCGCGCGCCGAAAAAAAAGUUUAUCAGCUAUAUUUUUGAAACAUAAUCAAAACAAAGUACUGCUGAUGGUGC